AUGAUUGCAUCUCAAAAUGGAAACGACAAGGUGGUAGAUAUUCUUAUUAAAGCUGGAGCAGACCUAAAUCAAGUACAACAAAAUGGAUAUAAUGCCUUAAUGAUUGCAUCUCAAAAUGGACACGACAAGGUGGUAGAUAUUCUUAUUAAAGCAGGAGCAGACAUAAAUCACCUGGAACAUGAUGGACGUAAUGCCUUAAUGAUUGCAUCUCAAAAUGGACAAGACAAGGUGGUAAAUAUUCUUCUGGAAGCAGGAGCAGACAUAAACUAUGUAAAACAAGAUGGAUAUAAUGCCUUAAGGAUUGUAUCUCUAAAUGGACACGACAAGGUGGGACACGACAAGGUGGUAGAUAUUCUUAUUAAAGCAGGAGCAGACAUAAAUCAAGUACAACAAAAUGGAUAUAAUGCCUUAAUGAUUGCAUCUCAAAAUAAAGCAGGAGCAGACAUAAAUCAAGUACACCAAAAUGGAUAUAAUGCCUUAAUGAUUGCAUCUCAAAAUGGAAACGACAAGGUGGUAGAUAUUCUUAUUAAAGCUGGAGCAGACCUAAAUCAAGUACAACAAAAUGGAUAUAAUGCCUUAAUGAUUGCAUCUCAAAAUGGACACGACAAGGUGGUAGAUAUUCUUAUUAAAGCAGGAGCAGACAUAAAUCACCUGGAACAUGAUGGACGAGCAGACAUACAUAAUGUCUCAAAUGAUGGAUAUAAUGCCUUAAUGGUUGCAUCUCAAAAUGGACACGACAAGGUGGUAGAUAUUCUUAUUAAAGCAAGAGCAGACAUACAUAAUUUGACAAAUGAUGGAUAUAAUGCCUUAAUGAUUGCAUCUCAAAAUGGACACGACAAGGUGGUAGAUAUUCUUAUUAAAGCAGGAGCAGACAUACAUAAUGUGACAAAUGAUGGAUAUAAUGCCUUAAUGAUUGCAUCUAAAAAUGGACGCGACAAGGUGUUAGAUAUUCUUAUUAAAGCAGGAGCAGACAUACAUAAAGUGGCAAAUGAAGGAUAUAAUGCCUUAAUGAGUGCAUCUCGCAAUGGACACGACAAGGUGUUAGAUAUCCUUAUUAAAGCAGGAGCAGACAUUCAUGAAGUGGCAAAUGAUGGAUAUAAUGCCUUAAUGAGAGCAGACAUACAUAAAGUGGCAAAUGAUGGAUAUAAUGCCUUAAUGAUUGCAUCUCUAUAUGGACACGACAAGGUGGUAGAUAUUCUUAUUAAAGCAGAAGCAGACAUACAUAAAGUGGCAAUUGAUGGAUAUAAUGCCUUAUUGAUUGCAUCUUACAAUGGACACGACAAGACAAGAUGGACAAGACAAGGUGGAGCAGACAGAAAUCAUGUUGAAGAUGAUGGAUGGAAUGCCUUAAUGAUUGCAUCUAAAAAUGGACACCACAAAAUGGUAGAUAUUAUAAUAAACGCACUAAAACAAGAUGUACAAAACGACACCAAAAACCAACUGAGCGACUCAACCGUCAGUGUACAAAACGACGCAGAUGGCCGCAACUUUGAAAGAUCCAGGGUCCGCACUGGUCCUGGAGGUCUAGGCUCCACCCUGGUCCAGGAGAUCUAUGGUCCACACUGGUCCUAA